AUGACUGCGCCCUCCGACACCACGAAACGCCUCCAUAUCACCCCUUUCACUCCCGAACUUCUUCCCUCCGUAUUACCGGGUGCCCUCCAGUCGUCCGCCACGGAGAUCAGCUUUCACCACAUCCCGACCUUCCCAGAAAAUAACUACGGUUACGUGACGCUGCCCGCCAUGGAUGCCGACAAGGUGAAAAAGAAGCUCAAUGGCUCGAUCCUCAAGGGACGCAAAUUUAAGGUGGAAGCUGCCCGUCCACAGAAGCGACACCGGGAUGAGGACGAGGCCGAACAGCCCGUCCCCGAGCACAAGCCGCCCAAGGAGAAAAAGCAGAAAAAGAAGCGGAAGGACGAAUACUCGGUGUAUGAAGGCUAUGAGCUGCCGCCUGAUCGUCAAGUGAAGCGGGGCUGGACCGAAUCCAGCACUGCUUUGAAGGAGCGCCGCAAGGAAGAGAAGAAACGGAAGGAGAAGGGGGACAAGAAGACCAAGUCUCAGUCCAAGUCCAAGUAUACGGAGAAAUCGGAGUGUCUGUUCCGCACCAAGGUCCCCGCCAACCGGUCGUCUGUCGAUGAGAAGAGCGAGAAAAGCUCCAAGAAAAAGAAGAAGCCGGCGCAGGAGUCUGUGGUGCACGAGUUCUCGAAAACCAUAUCGCAUCCCAGCUUUCUCCGGUCUGGCGAUGAUGGAACACAGCCAACGUCUACGUUUGAAGAAGGCAAAGGGUGGGUUGAUAGCUCAGGAAAUGUCAAGGAAGAAGUCAGCAAGCGCGUCAAAAGCGACAAGUACCAGCCCGGAAAAGUGCCUGGUGCUAAGGAGAAACGAAAGUCUGCCGAGGUAGACGUCAAGAAGAAGAAGUCGGAGUCGAAGAAGGCCAAGGCUGAAAGCCCCGAGGAGAGUGCGGACGAGUCAGAGGAUUGGACUUCGUCCAGUGGCGAAUCGUCUUCGGACGAAUCCUCCUCAUCCGACGCCGAAAGCGAAAUCUCCGCAUCGUCUAGUUCGUCAGACGAGUCAGAUGUUUCUUCUUCUUCUUCUAGCGAGGAAGAGCAAGUGCAAAAGACGCCAAAGAAAGAAAAGGUCGUGAAAGAUGCAGAAUCGAAUCGGGAGCAAGACAAUGAGCCACGCUCGGAAGUGCACCCGUUGGAGGCACUGUUCAAGAGACCUGCGCCAGACAGUGCUAAUCAGGACCCCGACCCAGAAGCCAAUGCGCAAUUCAGCUUCUUCGGGCAGGCGGACAUAGAAGAAUCCGAAGAGGAGACGGCAAAACCAGUCGAGCCACAGACCCCUUUCACUAAAAGGGACUUGCAGGCUCGUGGAUUGAGGAGCGCGGCCCCUACUCCCGAUACUGCACUGGUGGGCCGGACCAUCAAAUGGACCAGCGCAGACGAGGAUGAGUCUAUGGAAGUGGAUGAUGAGCUCUACGCCAGUACCCCGGUUCCGAAGGGCGCAUCUCCCGCCAAGGAGGAAUCCGACUUUACCAAGUGGUUCUGGGAGAAUCGCGGAGACAACAACCGCGCGUGGAAGAAGAGGCGUAGAGAUGCCGCCAAGGAGCAGAGGCAGAGGGAGAAUCGGAGUAAGGGCAUGAGAGGGAAAUCUUAG